AAAUUGAGCCCUGUCGCCAUCUUUCUCUUCUCAGACCAUCUUUACAUGUCUAUACAUUCGACGUGACUUUCUUCGCCUAUUCCCAAUCACAGAAUGUAUGAGUAGCCCUCGACGCGUUCAUGGCCUCGCGUGAAUCUCUCAAUGUCCUCGAACAUAUCCCGCUUAACCGACUCCAAGAUCCCGCUCCUCCGAUUUCGAGGAAGCGCAAAAUAUGCGAUCUUACGGAUGACUCUGAAGCCCAGAACAUCGUGAUCCGGGCCCACGCCGCGUCACUAUCAGAUGAUCCAUUUGUCCUCCAGCCGAUUGCUGUCCUCCCUCGGACCCGACUCCCCUUUGACUGGUUGGAUAUUCCAUCGGUAUCGUCACCGAUUCAGUCCGGCAGUCUGUUCAUGGCAAAUAUCCCUGUCCUCGAGUCGAACCCCCCGGUCGAGCCGAUAGUCCUGGUUGUACGAUUGAUCACGGAUGGAGCAUUGUAUGCAAUUGAGCGAGUCAAGCAGGGCGUUUACGCCCUUUCCCAAUUGGCGCGCGGCGUGGAAGAGGGGGAUAUCCGUGUUGCGGUGAAGGCGUCCAGUCGCCCAGUCAGCGCAGGGUUAGGAGGACGUUGUACGCCGUUGAAAGGGAGGAAUGCCGGCUGUCCUCGUGGAUGGUGGCAAGUUGCAGAGAUCGAGGAUCCGGCUCCUAACCUCGAUGCUCAAAUCGCUACAAAAAGGGUUAAGGUCAAUUUUGCCUUUGGGGUUACUCCGCACCUGAUGGAGCGUCAUGAGACACAGGUGAAAGAUAUGCCCCCAACAGACCCGAUGGAUAGAAGUUCCAGCUGCGACCUUCAUCAGAUGCUCUCUGCGCUACCAGAAACUCAAGAGCACCAUACGGAGCCUGUGGGGGCCCAGGAAAUGGGUGAAGACCCUUGCCCCGCGGCGCAGUCUCCGCAGGAACUCUUAGAUGGGUUGAGAGAGCAGUAUCUGCAGGCUCUCUAUGUCUCUAAGGCAUCUGUAGCGUACUUUGCUAAAGGUCCUUUACCACGCUGUCGGGCUGCGUUUCAAUCUCCCGUGUCUAGCUCCUACAGAAGCUCCCAUCUCACCGAGUUUUACCGAGAAGCGAUUUUGCCAGUGAAGAAGAUGGACUUGAAGUACCGGGAAACUCUUCCCGCAAUUAUCCAAGACGUCAUGCUCGCGGUAUCCGAUGAUGAAAUGGCAGGACCAAAGAAGCGCCAGAGUAAGAAAAAGAAGAAAACGCUAGGAAAGAACGGACUAUACUCUGAAGAGGAUCAAUUUAUCCGGCAGUGGUGGAAGAACCGGCCAUUGACUGAGACUGGUGCUUUGGUUGAAACGUCUAGGGAGGCAGAACUCAAGAAACAUGUUUCUGACUUACGGUUACGAGAAACCCAGCUCCAGAUUCUUCUCAUCCUGGAGGCGAUGGCGCUGGAGGCCGCAGCGACAGAUGCGGCAAAGACAGUCUCCAUCGAAGCAACAACCUCCGACCAAAAUCCUCCGAAACCAAGGCCAAAGACCAAGAAGCCUCAGGACCUGAACGUGAUACUUGAACUCCAUCUCGAUCGGCUUUGUAUUUGGCAUGCGGUAGGCUUUGGGGAUACGGCUAUCUCCGAUCUAGCCAACUCUGGGUCCAACCCACCGUCCAGCAAGCCGGCGGGGAAUGAUGCAAUGCGAGACUUCUGCACGGAAGUAAUCAUUCCAUUCUAUGCCUCCCGUUUGCCAGACCGGUGUAAGUCGAUCACCCGGAAACUUGGGGUUUCGGUCGGCACCAAGUCGCCAUUUGCCAAGUCCUCGUCAAGGAAGAUAUCUCGGGGAGAACCUGGCGCGGCUAUCGAGCGACACUCCUCUCAGAAACAUCCUCGACGUACAUUGCAAACAGACCUAACGACGAACGAACAAACGGCCUCUCAGGGCCGAUCACGGCCCAGUCUCAGUCGCUCUAACACUGUUUCGUCACAGCCCGAAGCCGGUCGAAACUCUUUGGCUCCACUGCUCCCGGUGCUUAGCACCAGCGUGCGGGGAGGUAUACAAAAGGCCAAGCGAGCAGAAAACCGAGAGGUGGAUCUGAUUGCCGUAGCGCGUCAGCACGAGACAAAACUGAAGCGGGUACAGCUGCUUGCGGACCAGAAGAAAGAAUUGGACGCGGCUAUCCUCGCCCUUCGCAAGCCAAACCGCGAACUCGUGGCCCAGGAUAUUGCCAACGAUGCGGACAAGAGGCUGACCACCAGCGGCAGCUCCAGGAAGCCCAAGAACCCAGUGCGAAACCCCUUUCAGCAAGGGGUCCAGGUCAUGGCUACGCCCAAGGGAAGUCGAAAAAAGGACGCUGUCAUUGGUCUCCCGCCGCUGCCCAAAAGCCUAGUUCGAUCGUCACCCAAAGCUCGGGGAUCGUCUACAUCUUUUUCCUCGCCGUUCAGCGGAGAGCCACAGGUCAUCCCGGGAUCAACAGUCCGACCCAGUUCCUUUUCGGGCGCGUCGCUUUCUACCGAUGUGGGUGCGGUGCAGGAAACGCCGUCCCGACGCCCAGCGCAGCCACCCAACUCCCUCAACGACGCUACUGGGCUUAACGUGGCUGAAUCACCCAGCUUCCCUGGCACUGGGAAUCUCUUUCGCGUCCCUCGCCGGCCAGCAGCUCCGCCUCUAGCAAACGGCCCAUGCACGCCAGUCGCAGCACGGCACGUGAAUGUCACAGAUGCAGAUGCAGACGCAGACGCAGACGCAGACGUGGACAGGCACCUCGACGCCUCUCGUUCGCGCGCACCCCCUCCCCCGCCUCUCUUUUCGCUCUCCGGCAUCAAAGCCACUCCAGUGAAGUCCUCGACGGUGCUGGAGACCCCACCCAAACCCGGUGCAGGGAGCUUAUUUCACAGCGGUGGUGGUCGACCAGUGGUGCCGGUGACGCCUGAGAAAUCCAUCUACGCGCAUCUGGGCUGGGAUGAUGACGAUUCUUUGAUUCUUUAGUUUGUGUAGUUCAUUAGCGGGGUUUGGGAUUCUCUCUUCCUCGCAAGUCCGGUUGAUUAUAUAUGACAUGACAUGAUGAGUGAUGUAAAAUAGAUCUGAUUACCAUGUAUACGUCUAGUAUAUAUAAUAUAUAAUAAGACUA